AUGCUUGUUGAGAGUCUUUUCAAAUCUCUCGGACAUUACGUCAGCUACGGUCGUUUACAUGAAGCCUUCAAAACAUUUUCUCUCCUUCGUCUUCAGUCUUCUUCAAGUGAACUCAUUUUGCAGUCCGCAGCUUCCCUUUUAUCUGCCUGCGUGGAAGUUCGUUCAUUUUCUUCAGGGCUGCAGAUUCACGCUCACUGUGUUUCCUCUGGUGUUGAAUAUGACUCUGCUUUAGUCCCGAAGCUUGUUACUUUUUACUCUGCCUUUAACCUCCACAGAGAAGCUAGGUCAAUUAACGAGAACUCAGGAAUUUUGCAUCCCUUGCCUUGGAAUGUACUCAUCGUUUCGUAUGCCAAGAACGAACUUUACGAGGAGGCUAUUACUGCUUACAAGAGAAUGGUGAGUAAGGGAGUUCGACCCGAUUCUUUCACUUAUCCCUCUGUUCUUAAGGCAUGUGGCGAGACACUAGAUUUUGCGUGUGGAAAGGUGGUUCAUGGAUCUAUUGAGGUUAGCUCUCACAAGGGUUGUGUGUAUGUCUGCAAUGCGUUGAUUUCUAUGUAUAAAAGGUUUGGGAACGUGAGUAUUGCCAGGAGGUUGUUUGAUAGGAUGUCUGAAAAGGAUGCUGUUUCAUGGAAUGCAGUGAUAAGCUGUUAUGCGUCCGAAGGCAUGUGGAGUGAAGCUUUUGAGCUUUUUGAUCAAAUGUGGGUUUCAGGUGUGGAAGUCAGUGUCAUAACUUGGAAUAUUGUUUCUGGAGGUUGUUUGCAGACAGGAAACUAUGCAGGAGCUUUGGGUUUGGUCUCUAGGAUGAGAAGUUUCCCCACGGGGUUAGAUCACGUGGCAGUGAUUAUUGGUUUGAAGGCUUGCUCACUCUUAGGAGCAAGACGGUUGGGGAAAGAGAUUCACGCGCUUGCAAUUCUUAGUUCUUACGAUGGGAUUGACAAUGUUCGAAACACGUUGAUCACAAUGUACUCGAAAUGUGAUGACCUUAGGCAUGCUUUUAUAGUGUUUCAUCAGAGUAAGGACAAGAGUUUGAGUACGUGGAACUCUAUCAUUGCCGGUUAUGCGCAAGUGAACAGAUCAGAAGAAGCUUCUUACCUUCUCAGGGAGAUGAUGCUUCAUGGCCUGCAGCCAAAUUCCAUUACACUUGCAAGCAUUCUCCCUCUUUGUGCUCGUGUUGCAAACCUGCAACAUGGGAAAGAGUUUCAUUGCUACAUCAUGAGGCGUAAGUGCUUCAAAGACUACACAAUGCUGUGGAACUCCCUUGUCGAUGUUUAUGCAAAAUCAGGAGAAAUUGUAUCCGCAAAGCGAGUAUCUGAUUUGAUGAACGAGAGAGACGAAGUAACAUACACUUCCUUGAUAGAUGGAUACGGAAAUCAGGGUGAAGGGCGAGUUGCGUUGGCCCUGUUCAACGAGAUGAUAAUAUCCGGUAUCAAACCUGACCAUGUAACCAUGGUUGCAGUUCUGUCGGCAUGCAGUCAUUCCAAGUUAGUCCAUGAAGGCAAAACGCUGUUUACGAAGAUGCAGUGUGAGUAUGGCAUACGUCCUUGUCUUCAACAUUUUUCAUGUAUGGUUGAUCUCUAUGGCAGAGCAGGUCUCCUGGGAGAAGCCAGAGAUGUAAUUCAAACAAUGCCAUAUGAGCCGUCCAGUGCCAUGUGGGCUACUCUACUGAACGCUUGCCACAUCCACGGGAAUACGGAGAUUGGUGAAUGGGCGGCGGAAAAGCUCCUGGAGAUGAAGCCUGAGAAUCCGGGAUACUAUGUGUUGAUUGCAAAUAUGUAUGCAGCUGGUGGUUCUUGGAGGAAGCUUGCUGAAGUGAGGACUUUUAUGAGGGACUUGGGUGUGAAAAAGGCUCCUGGGAGUGCUUGGAUUGACACAGGUUCUGGGUUUUCGCUGUUCUCGGUGGGAGACACAUCAAGCCCUCGAGCAUGUGAUACAUAUUCUCUGUUGGAUGGUCUGAAUCAGCUGAUGAAAGACGCUGCUGGUUAUGCCAUCAAUGAGGAGCAAAGUUUGGAUGAAGAACUUCUUCAAGAAGUAGGAUGAAGAUCCGAGGAUGAUCAACUAUAGCUUUAUUCAGUUGAUAACACAUAUUCUAUAUACGUCAGCAUAUAAUCAGACCGAACACAAUUUGUAUUCACAUGAUGACUUCUAGUUGGAGUAGAAGACGUCUGGUACUCGUAUAUCUACGCAGCCUUUAACAAAUAACAACAAAGUGGAAAGUUGUGGGGCUUGCUGGGGAUGUGUUGUCUUAUAUAUUUGUAAGGUGAUACACUUCAUCAUGCAAGAGCUUUAUAACUCCAUCAGAAUUGGUUGGCCAGUUGAGGAAAUUUCUGCAGCCGCCAGGUUUGAUUGCUGGCUCGAUACAGUCCCUUCCAUAACAGUCAGUUCAGUGUAG